AUGACAAUUAACAUCGAAACAGAGAUCAUAAACACGACAGAGCGAAUCGGUGAUAUAGUCGAUUGGCUCGUCUUCCGCCAUGAUAGGCUUCAAUACUCGCCAACCAUGUACAUAGAUCUCGAAGGCGUUAACCUCUGCCGUGAGGGCUCCAUUUCCAUCCUCACCCUUCUAAUCGAUACCGGCAUUUCAACCGGGCGCGUCUACCUGAUUGAUGUGCAUACACUAGGCGCACAAGCGUUCAACACUGCUGGUGCCAAACGAACGCUAAAGGGGACGACGAUAAGGGGGACGACGCUAAAGGAUAUCCUUCAAGAUGAAAGGAUUCCAAAGGUCUUCUUUGACGUUCGCAACGAUUCAGAUGCGUUGUUUGCGCAUUUCGGCGUGGCCUUGCAGGGGGUCGAAGACGUCCAGCUUAUGGAGAGUGCGACAAGGAAGACCACGGCAUCUCGGAAGUUCUUAAACGGCCUGACCAAAUGUGUUGAGAACAACUUGCCCAUGCACAUGUGUGGCAGCGGACUAGUCAGCUGGAAGCUGGCUAAGGAGAAAGGCGAGCGAUUGUUCAAGGCCGAAUAUGGCGGCUCGUAUGACGUGUUCAACCAGCGACCGAUUCCAGAGGACAUAUCAUCCUACUGUGUCGGCGAUGUCCAGUACAUCCCUGAGUUACGGAAUAGGCUUUACAAGAGCGCCUAUCAGUGGCGAGACCUAGUCGGUGAAGAAACCAAAAAGCGCGUUGCGACGUCCCAGAGAUCGGACUACCAGCCUCACGCUCCAGAUAAGGUGAUGGCUCCAUGGAGCAAAGAACAGAACAUGGUUUUGGAUCAGUGGAAUUAUGUGCCUCCUUUCAAUUACUUCGCCGAGCCCUCCGACUCAGAUGAUGGGUACGAUGGCGGUCCGACCAACUGUAGGGACAUCAUCGACGAUUACGACCUUUACUAUUCAGACUAA